AUGGAUUCUGAAGGCCCAUCUACAUCGAUCCACAGUUCAGAACAGACAAGGAUCUACGUCGAUAAUUGUCUAGGGGCUUUGGCUGAGGUAGGACCUUCUCCUUGUUUAGUUUAAUGUGUUUUGUUUGAAAUGCGGCGUAGUUUUGAGAGAAAUGUUUUAUAAUUAGCUUUAUUAUGCUGUCUUUGAACUUUCAUUACAGUGUUUACUUUUACUUUUUUUGAGUUUAUAAAAAUGUGGGAUUUCCUCGGUAGAAGGUCAUGGAGAAUAUAAUUGACGGAAAACAUUGUGAUUUUUAGGUUCCAGCAACAUUUGACUAUGGAACAAUCAAGGUGAAGUUGUGUUCCGUCUCAUUAUCACAGAAUUUUGUUUCAAUCGGGUCUGAAUGUGGCGCUUUAUUCCUUUACAAUCGAAGAUUCAAACGGGCGUUGAAACCGUAAGUCCGAUUUGUGUUUUUUCUAUGUUUAGAUACAUUAGCAAUUCUUAAGACAUCCUUAACACAGCAGGCGGUGUGAAAAAGGAAUUUCCUUCCUCUGGAACAACCGAUUUUUUGAUAUUCUCCUUGACUUGGUACCUAAAAUUCUUUAACCACUCGAAUUCUUACUUUUCCUUCUUGUAAAAGUAAUCGAAACCUGAAAGAAUGACUCUGAAUGAUGUCGUUAAACUAAGUGUACUUUUUUUAGUCUCCGAACUACCUACGAUGAAGUGAUAACAGUUCAGAAAUGGUACCAUCAAAACGAAAAUGAAUAUCUGGCGAUCGGACACCGUUCCGGCAAUUUAAUUCUACUCUCAUUACCUUCAGCGGAUAAGAAAGUAAGUCGUUGGACCCUUAUUGACCUUGAAAUUUCGUUAAAACAGUCAAUACAAAGCGAUCUUCAUAAAUAUUACCCAAUAACAGCGUUGGAGUGGAGCAAGAAUGGAAAAUACUUGUUUUCAUCCGACGCUUCCGGUCUUAUCAUGGGGCUUUCAGUGGAUUUUGAUAAGGUAUGGAGUAGAGUGAAUUUCUAUCCUCUUUUUUGUCAAUUUUAGGAUACCUACACACCAAUUUUCAUCCAAAACAAUGGCAACCCCAUCAGAUUUCUAGCUUUUGAGCCGGAUUUCAUAAUUUCUGUGGAAACAAGGUUCUUCGAUGUGAUCCAGUUUGAGGAUAAUAUCACGACACAUAUUUCUCGUCAUGAUAUGGGUCAGAAAGUGACUGGAGUUCAGCUUUUUGAAGGGAUAUUAUCCAUGGUCCUAAGUGAUGGAAAAUUGAAGCGAUUUUCAUUGAAUGAGAAGAAGGUUUUAGAAACGAUUGAGUUGGAGAAGAAUACAAUUGAGUCGGCACUACUUCCUGAAGUUUUUGUUGGAGGAGAACAGCGAGAAGCUGCGUAAGUUUAGUUUUGUUAGUCAUGAAUAAGAUAAUUUUUGAUAAAGCGCAUUGUUUUACCCCGGGAAUGUUGUGUUUUAUUACUUCAAAUGUCAAAUUUUGAAGUCUGGAGGGAGUGGGACACAAUGAAUUUUUAUUUUUUCCUUCAAAUUAUAUUGUUUUAGACCAGCAACUUGGACCAAAUCGGAUUGGAAAUUCGCUGUCACAAAGUUUUACUCAAACUCUCAUAUCCUUCAAUACAGUCAACAUAGAGUCCAGCUACUCGAUAUUCAAAGCCUAGUCACUCCGGUACAGCUAUACGUCGUUGAUCUGCGUCUACAAUUACCGAAUUUGAAAGAUGUUGAAGUAAGUGUAAUAUAAACGGUCAUAGUUCAUAUUUGAGGUGAUCUCGGCGGAUUUUGACCUACGAACUGAGGAGACUAUGAUCUUGACGUCAACUCGCCACCUUCUCCGCCUAGGAUUUACCCCUCCGGACAAUCAAAUCACCGGCCAAAAUUCCAAUUCCACUCUUUUGUCGGCCUUCAGUUCGGUAGCCCAGAAGUCAUCGAAAAAGUUUUUUCAAAAGUUUACAAAGCCGGAAUACCAACAAAUGCCUGUCAGCCAGCUUCCCAACCUCCCGAAUCCACUCUCCGUCUCGUUCAGUGGCACCUUCCACAACUUUAUUAAUGUAGGUAUACCAAGUCUUAUAUUAGGUAUUUUGACCAUAAUUUUAACUGAUGUCUGAUAUUUUUAUGAUAGAAAUCGAACAUCUUUGACCUACUUGUUAUGUUUACAACAUUGCUUAUCAAAGAUUUGAAUGUGUAUUUACAAGAAUUUUCGAAACUUUUUGUUUUGAUGUAUGAGAAUUAUUGUUGUUUUGCGUCAAGUUUUCAGCGAAUUUUCAGAGCGAAAACAACAAACAGAUGUUUUCGAAUGUCCUGGAAAGCAUCGAACGCAUCGUGAGUCCAGAUAAAGCGCCCAUUCCCGAGGAACUCCACCUCAAUUUAAGCGACAGAGUAUCAGAUUCCGAGGAAGUUACCGAGGAAAGUGAAUUCGAAUCGGAUAAAAAGAGUGAAGGCAGUAGGAAGAGUGCGCAGAGAAGGACAGAAAUGGGAGUUGCGAGGGAAAGAGAGAAUCGCAAAAAUUCGAAUCAGGAAAAUGCCAAGGACAAUAUAAUUGGGCAGGAAGGUAAAAUAUGUGAUGAUGAUGGACUAUUGAAUGGUACAGAAGACACCUUGGACAGCGUGGGAAAUGGGGGAUUGGUCUUUGCAAACAGCGAUGUCAAGGAGCAUUGGAACGAGGUUGAAGUUGUCAGUGAAGGUAGGGUAAUAUGAAAAAUUUAAUAUUCUAUUAUAUUUUUGAUCUACAUAGAUUUUUUUUUGGUUUCUAUAACAAUUACAGUAUUUUUUUAGCAAUUAGGACCAGUUAAAAAAAUUUUUUGAAAUCUUUUUUAAUGGUGUUAUGGGUAACAUAAAAAAUCGAAAUUUUAGCCUCAGACCCAGUCGAAGAACCCGCUGAUAUUGUUGAGGACCACGGAAUUGCUGUUGAAGAGCCAAAUGUCGAAGUGCAAAGGAAAUUGAAAACAAUAACACGACCAAUUAAUAUUGAACAAGCUGAAGGAAAAGAGGAUGAAGAAGAAGAUUUUUUCAGAAGCUGUGAGCCCAGCACCUCAGCUAGUGUCCAAAAUAGCCUCUGUGAUGAGAAUCUGGAGUCCAUCUUGGGAGGUGGGUGAUUUAGGAGUGAAAUUUGAUUUUUGGCCGCCUAUUUGACAUGGAUAAUAUAAAAUGUUGUCCAAAAAGUCUGAUUUUGGAUAUUGUUUUAGCUCUGGCCUCUCAACGUUCCCUCUCUAAGCCGGAUUUGGCCUCUCCAGUCCCCCUGCCCAGCUGGACCCCCACUGAUCAUGGAUAUGGAGAUGAGAUUACGGUAGAAGAACCGGAAAUUAGAGUGGAAGAAGUGGCAGAAGAAAGUGUUCCUCUCAUAAUAACUGACCAGGAAACUAAAGAUAAACAUGAAUCCUUCUCAACCAACCUGGAUUCGGACUCAGAAUCGACCAGUUCAGAGUCCGAGAAAGUAGAAAUCGCUGAAGAAGCGGCCACAGAUUCGGAUGUGACAACUUUUUCGAACAUUUCGACCACAGCCACCUCGAUUUCAAUCAGCGUCCAUCAGAAUCCGGAGUAUCCGACCAUAACUCGCCUGGCCAAUCAACGCACGGAUGUCUGGAAUCGCAUCCCAUUACCGUAUACCUCUGGUCAUUUUGAUGUGACCAGGAAUUAUAUUGUGAUUUGUGGCACCAAAUCAAGACAGAAACCGCACUAUCGAAUGGUCGAGACCAUGGAAAAUGCGAUGCUAGGGGGAGAUUGGACUCCAAUCGGCUAUAAGGCCGAAAAAAUUGCGGUCAAUGGUAAGAAAUAGGGGUCAAAUAGGGAUGAUAUUUGGGGUAGAUGGAGGAAAAGGGUCCAUUUUUUAAUGGGACGAUGGUUUUGACUUCCAGACACCCUUCAGGUGAUUUUUUGAAGUGAAAAAAAACUGAAAAAUGGGAGUUUGAUUUUAAAAAAUUUUUAGCAGAAGUUUUAAGAAUGAAUUUUUUUCAAUCGUCAUUGCGAAGUUUAUGCGAUCGAGUUCCUUACAAUAUUUAUAUUUUCUGAAAGCCGGCUUUUUACUCUACUGCCGUGCCAAAUUUUAUCCUUCUUGCUCAAACGGCAAGCAAGUUAUGGAGAGAGAAAGCAAGCGCAUUCCGAAAAAAAAAUAGAAAAAGUCGCGGAGAUCGGUUUUGCCCUAAAAGUACAGAAUGCCGUGCCUCGGUAUUGAACGUAUUAGCCAUUUGUCCUCCGUAAUCAAUGUCACAUCUUUUCAGACUCGGGAACCCUCCUCUGGCGAGUGGAGAAGUCGAUUGCCCAUGCUCCGAUCAAGGUUGACCCCCUCUGCCCCAACUCAAAACACUGGCUGGAACAAGCGAACGAAGGCAAGAUCCAUGAAGUCUCGCUCACCGAGAGAACGGCCUGGUACUUGACGGACAAAGGACCGUUUGUUCAAAUGAACCUGCCAGAGAUGGGCAUCUUGUACAGGGCUGAAUGCCCCUUUGAAUUGGAGCAAAUAACAGCCACGGAGCAGGCGGUGUGGGCUCUAAGGAAGGGCACUGGCAGUAUUGUGGUCAGAGUGGGCUUGAAACAUUGCCCGAUGGGACUGGAUUGGGUGGAGGAUAGGUGGGCAUGUUAUACUUGAUAUUAGACUGGAAAAUAAUUUGGGAAAUUUGCUUUUGAUAACUGUAAAUUGAAUUUUCUUUUAGCAGUUACACUCUGGCUGGACCGUCGACCUUUGUCAGUAUUUGUUUGUUCGAAACGACCGCAUUUGGACUUGAUGUUAAUGGAGAGUUGUGGCUGUGUAAUGGAGUAGAUGAAAACAAACCGUUUGGAGUCGGCAAGUGGUAUCAGGUAGGGAGAAGCUCGGAAAUUAGAAGUUAAAUGCCCUCUAAUUUUUUAAAGAUUGAUCUAGAUGGCACAUAGAUUAAUUUAUGAUGCAAAAAAUUGUGUUUUUAUCUACAAUUUUGAGGCGAAUUACAUUAUUUUCACUAUGAAUUCCAGGUCUGUUCCCCCACAAACCUAAUGCCCACAUCCCAAAAGAAAUCCUUCCUCCCCAUCCCCCAAUGGCGCCUUAAAAUUUCAUCCGCCGGGGUCUUCAUCAACGUCGGCAAGUAUAUCCUCAGUUCCCGGCAACCACUCACCGCAAACAUCUUCAACAAAGCCAUCCCCGCCAGGCUCUCCAUCCAUGACACAUUUUUGUUCAUCGCGGCCUCGGGAUACGUGGGAGAAAGCAACGAUUUUAUCUUUGUGGGACAACCCAACUCGGAUCUGUUUGCCUUCUCGGCCAGUCAUCGGAAUCUGACGUCCUUGCCGGGCUUUGGCGAGGACUCCACGGUGACAGCACUAACCGCUGCCAGGGAUAGAUUAUAUGCCUUGGAUUCGUGUGGAGUGGUACAUGUUCGGGAUGGGAUUAAUGCUCAGUUGACGCCAAGAGGAACGGAAUGGACCAAACUGGAUACGGCUGGACUUGGUAAGAAGUUGGAAGGGAGUUAGAGGCGAUUUAUAUUACUUUAGAUGACUAGAGAUGAGGGUUGGAAAUAUGGAUUUUUAGAGAUGGUUUUGAAAUUGCUGAAAAAAUAGGAAGCUUAUAUUUUAUGGCUAUUUGAAUUGUAUUUUACCUCUGAAACUUUUUAGAGUCCCCGGUCAUCUCCUUCGCGGCCUCCUCGGCCUCUUUAUGGGCCAUCACAGCAGAUCAAAAAAUAUUUUUCUCCUCCCAAUCCUCAAAAGCUUCGUUCACAAACUGGAUGAGUGUUCCGCCUCCAGCCUCCGCCGAGAAUAUCGACAUAAUUUGUUGUUCUCCCGCCGGCAAAUACGUCUGGAUUUUGUCCUCCCUUCUCGGCCAAGCCUGGGCCCGCUUUGAUCGGCAAGAUAAUGGAUAUGGAUUGAAUUCGAAUGGGCCCGACUGGACCCAAGCAUGCCCAGAUGUGAAGCUGGCCAACUUGGCAAUUGCUGACAACGCGGUCUAUGCCCUCGAGGCAAAUACGAACAGAUUGUACAGACUGAGAGCGUUAUCGGCCGCGAAUCCGGCUGGAUUGUAUUGGAAAUCACUCCCCGAGAAGUUGAGAGCCAUCUCGGUGGACGCGUUUGAACAACGAUUGUGGGGAUUGGACAUGAACAAUUGUUUGGUCAAACAUGAGGUUUGUUUUUGAGAUAAGUAAUAGGUGGAAUAAGGCUAGAAAAAAAGGAAAUUUAUUGAUCUAAGAGGGUUGAAACCGAAGGGGGAAUCGAACCUGGCAGUUAAAAAACUCAUGUCUUUUUCCAGUUGAGUCGAUUUUAAAAUCCAAAAAAGGCAAAAAAUUUCUGCAGGAAGUGGGAUUCGAACCUACGCAUCGAUAACGAUACUAGACUUGAUUUAACGGGAAAUUCAAUUUUCUUGUUAAAAAACUUAUCUUUAAUGUCUUUACGACCGGUCGAUUGUGUUUAAAAGCGCAAACAUUCUUAGUUUCUAGGCGGAAUCGAACCACAGGAUUAAAAUUAUUAGACUUGCGUAUUUUCCGACCAGUCGAUUUCAUAAUUCAAAUCGAAGGAGGCAAAAAACUUCUGCAGGAAGUGGGAUUCGAACCCACGCAUCGAUAACGAUACUAGAACGCUCUGAACCGCCGUUUCCGACGAAGCUUUUCGCUUGAGUCUAGCGCCUUAGACCACUCGGCCAUCCCUGCACGCUUUGUUUAGUUUUCAUAUCGCCUUUCGGUUUUUUACACGCAGUGUGUAACGUAUUAAUUUUUGAUUUGAAAUUCAAUGAUGUCGAGAUUAAAAGGAGUUUUUGUUUGCAUUAAUUCCGAUUUAUCGGUGGAAAUAGUCUAGUGGAUCAAAAAAUACAAAAAAAGUAGAUCAGGAAGACCCGAUUUGGUAUCAAAAAGUAUGAAAAAAUAAGGAGGAAUUUUUUUUCGCCCGCAAAUGGACUUUUCGAUGCCCGCAAAUUUUCGCGGUUCGCGACCGCAAAUUAAAUCGAAAUCUGCCCGCACUUUUUCUGCCCGCAAAUUAUAAAAAUGUUAUGAAACGCCUGGAAUAUGGAUAAUUAGUCAAAUAUUUGUAUAAAUACGGUGUAAUUAAUAAAUUUACAUAUGUAAAAGUGCAUUUGACAAAAAAUUUUUUGAGAAGUGUUUCUAAUCCAUGAUUUCUGGGAUAAAAUUUCAAAUAACGGAAUGAUACCAUGUUUUUGGACAAAGCUGAUGAAUAUGGAGUCCAAACAAGUUGUUAUACAGGGUGUUUCAAGAAAUUCCCCGGAAAGUAAUCGUCGAUUUCUUAGCGCUCAGUCAAGAUAUCCAAAAAAAUUCUUUUGCAUAAUAAAGAAGAAUAUGGGCGGUUUUUUGCUUGUGAAAAUAAUUUUCUCCGUCAACGCGGAAAGCAGUGUAUUCGGCGGAGACUUUCGGGCGCUUUUUUGGUCAUCACACGAAUUUUUAAUGCUUUAUUCCGACACUGAAGCAUUCAGAAAGUCUUCAAAUUUUUUGCACAAUGCUUGAUUUGGAAAAAUUUUUUGAUUUGCGGUCAUCCAAAAAUUUUUGGAACUUUUUUUGCCCGCAAAUUUAAAUUUGAACAUUUCAACCAAAAGAUCGGUAUUAAUGGUCAUAAAACUUGUCAUAAUGGCACUAUGAGUCUAAUUUUUCCCAAUGCAACAAGUUUUAGUUGAUUUGGAAGCCUUUUUUGAUUUGCGGUCAUCCAAAAAUUUUUGGAACUUCUUUUGCCCGCAAAUUUUAAUUUGGAUUUUUCUACUGAAAAAUCGGUGUCACUGGCCGUAAAAAGUGUCGUAAUGUGGCUUACGGAACUCGUUUUUUCAUCACAACUACUUUCGAUUGAUUUAGAAGCUUUUUUCAGAUUUGCGGGCAUUCAAAAAAUUUUAGAACUUUUUUGCCCGCAAAUAUUUUUUCUGUCAAAAAUCCGUUUUCCUGCAAACAAAUUGGCCUCAAAUUACCACAAAAUGAUCAUAGUGCCUAAUCUUGUCGUAGUAAUCAAAAUUUUUUCAUUACGGUGGCUUACGAAAGGUUUUGGAGCAUUUUUUUAUUUGCGGGCAUCCAAAAGUUUUCAAACUUUUUUGCCCGCAAAUUUAAAUAUGAACUUUUCUACUGAAAAAUAGGUGUCACUGGUCGUGAAAAGUGUCAUAAUGUGACUUAUGGAAGAUAACAAUGAAGAUUUUUACAUUGGUAAUGCCUGAGGACCCGAUUUUCCGAUCUGCGGGCAUCGAAAAGUUCGUUUAGACAAAAAAAAGUUUUGUUCAGCCUUUAUAACAACUCGAUUUGGACUCCAUUUUCAUCAGCUUUGUCCAAAAACAUAGUAUCAUUCCGUUAUUUGAAAUUUUAUCCCAGAAAUCAUGGAUUAGAAACACUUCUCAAAAAAUUUUUUGUCAAAUGCACUUUUACAUAUGUAAAUUUAUUAAUUACACCGUAUUUAUACAAAUAUUUGACUAAUUAUCCAUAUUCCAGGCGUUUCAUAACAUUUUUAUAAUUUGCGGGCAGAAAAAGUGCGGGCAGAUUUCGAUUUAAUUUGCGGUCGCGAACCGCGAAAAUUUGCGGGCAUCGAAAAGUCCAUUUGCGGGCACCGAAAAGCACGUCCUAAAAUACGACUGAGAAUAGUGUAUUAAUUUUUCUUCAGAUCCAAAUCUUCCCCCGAUCCUGUCUCGCACAACCAAACAAUCGCGAUUCUUCUUCAACUGUCAGUUCCGAGCCCAGAUUAUUCAAAGUUUUUGAUGAUGAACAGCCUUCCUCGUCCAUUGGAUCUGAUUGGUUUGACGCUGAGAAGGACAGACAUGAACCUUGA